AUGCCACAUUUCAUCCUUGACGGAAGUGCUCGUCCUUUUACAAUUCUUCGUUCAGGACAUGAUGCAGCCUCUUCUUCACAUGCGAUGAGGAGUUCACUGAAUGUGGCAGUUGAGAAAGACACAGCCAAGCGUUACAUCGGCGUCUGCCAGUUAUCGUUAGCACAAGCAAAUGAAACUGUACAACGAAUGAAGGCAAAAGAAGGCGGACGGUUAUUCCCGCUCUUUUCACAUCUUGCUGCCUAA